CGAUCCGAGGGGCGGAUAUAUAAGCAGCACUUGUCAGCUGAGCGUCCGGGGCACGACACUGCUCUGGCCAUGUUCUCACACCCGUUCUACGCACAGGUCUUGGCGCUGUCCCUCCUGAAAGCUUCCUUCGGGGGCUUCGCUACGCCGGGCAUUCCCUUGCCACUGGUGCGGCCUUCGACGAGUUUCAUCGAUGACGAUGUGCUGGCUGAGUUUCGCCGCUCCCAGCCAAUUCCUUGCCAGCAUCCAAGACUGACUGCGACAUCUGCUCUCACCUGGCAACCAAAGCCUUCCAGCGUCACGCGAUCCGAGGGGCGGAUAUAUAAGCAGCACUUGUCAGCUGAGCGUCCGGGGCACGACACUGCCCUGGCCAUGUUCUCACACCCGUUCUACGCACAGGUUGUCGCUCUCCUCGUCUGCGGCCUGGCCGGCGUCUGCCUUGCUGGUGGCUAUGGCGGCUACGGUGGCUACGGUGGCGGCCUUGUACUUGGAUAUGGCGGCUACGGUGGCGGCUACGGUGGCGGCCACGGCCUUGGCUACACCAAAACUGUUCCCGGGCCCUCCUUCCUCGUGAAGACUGUGCACCACGUGAACAGGGUUAGCCAGGGAGCUCACCUGGUUGGCGGCCACUACGGCGGUGGAGGAUACGGCGGUGGAGGAUACGGUGGAGGAUACGGCGGUGGCUACGGCGGAGGGUACGGAGGCUACGGCGGACACUACGGUGGUUACGUUCUCAAGGGUUGAGUGCAAGAAUGGUUAUGCCGUUAACGGCAAGGAGCAAGAUGACAAGCCACAAACACCGGCACCUGUUGUCUUCUCUCUGUAAAUUUUGUAAAAAAAUGCUGUGGCUUUUAAAUAAAGACUGAAAAUUUGUACCAAA